AUGACAAACUCCCAUACCAGUCACUCUUCUUCUCACCACCGUCGCACUCCAUCCUCCUCUAAUGCCCAAAAAGCAUCUGGCCUGAGGCCAUCGCGGCCGGGAUUGAGUCGAAAUACGCCCACAGCGCACUAUUCCAUUUCCAAGUUGGGCGCUGGAUCGGGACCCACGACUCGAUCUACUAAGGACGACGAGGAGAAGCCCGACAUGGCGGCCAGCUUCCUUCAGUACUGCGCGACGUGCGAGAGACAGAUAACCGUUCCCAACAACUCUAUCCUAUAUUGUAGCGAAAGCUGCCGCCGUAAGGAUUCGUGCAAGCCCCUUUCUGCAUCCUUUGCAGUAAGCGCAUCAAUGUCGCCAUCAACGUCACCUCCUUCCUCCCCGCCAAUGUCCCCGCGAUCUAUCGUGGCCCCCUUGACGCCGACCAGACUUCCCGCCAGCUCCUUUCCUACCGCCCGGAUACCUGCAGAGCUUCACGAUGCCAAGUCAGAUCUUGACCCGACCGAAUGGAAGCCUGUGAUACACAGACGCCAUGGCAGUGCCGCCUCACUGGCAUCCUCCGAAGCAUGGAACUUCUUAUCUCAGUUCCUUGGCAAUGAUGAAGCUACUCCAGCAGCUCGUCGCCCGGGUAUGAGCCAUCGCAGCUCUAGUAGCCUCUCUAUCUUAACCUCCGGAGCAACGGGGUCCCCGUCGUUGACCCACACUCCCUCCACGGCUACUUCGUCCUACAAUAGCAGCUCGGAAUACGUGAGUCUGAUGUUUGACUUCAGCAACCGCCCUCUGCCUCCUCGACACAACCCUUCUUUCUCGGGAAGCUCCGGCGCUACGAAAGGUGUUGGAUUGGUUGUGCCGCACAUGCACGCACCCUCAAGUGUCGAGGUGGUCACGAUCGUGUCGAGCGACAGCGGCUCUCUCUUCCCAGCCAGCGGUGGCACCUGGGGGGAAAGCGAGGCGAAGAAGCCUACUCAUUCUGUCUCGUCGGUUACUUCCGCGCUGUGCAACAUCGAUGCUACAGCGAAAUAG